UGUCGCGGUAAACACCUGGCCGCCGUUAUGGUGCGUCGUGCCCAGAAGAAAGCGAACGACUCUUCCCGUCAGUAGCAUUAAAAUUUUCACCGCACAUUUCGGCCGUCUGCCACUGUACAGUCCCAUUCACCGGGCCGUCGCGGCGGCCUCUCCCUCUUUUGCUUCGCCGUGAAAAGCGGCUUUUUUUUUUUUACCUUGCCCGUGAAAGAAAGCUCUUGAAUCCCAAGGCGCCCAAGCAGCAAAAGCAAUUGCAGGAGGGGAGGGAAGUCGCAUCUCCUUCUCCGAGAAGCCAAAGUAAUCCCCCCUUCCCCGUUGAUCGUUCUUGGGCUUGGAUACUUUUCUCCACGCAGCAGCGCAGGCGCAGGCGCAGGAGCCUGCCACCCCCACCACCACCGCCUCCGCCACCGCGGCGCCGCUGCUCUUCACCCCCGUCCCCUUCCCCUUCCCCUCCCCCUCCCCCUUCCCCAAUGCGGCCUGCUUGCUCACGUGCUCGGGGCUAGGACCGAGACGAAGAGGGGGGAGAGAGCGCGGAAGACGGGGCCGUGCGGCGCGGCAUGAGAGAGCAGGGCGACAUGGGGGAGACGGAUUUGGAGGACCUAGUGCUCUCCUGGUCGGCGCAGGAGAUCACGGACGGCGACCUCUACGGAGGAAAGGAGCAGGAGGAGGGGGUGGAGGAGGUGAAGCAGAGGGGAGGCGAUGCUGAUGGUGUUGAUCAAAGAGACAAACCACCUCCAAUAUUUGUCCAAGAUGCUUGGAGUUCAGCAUUGUCUGAAGCUGAAGCUCGAGACCGUGGUUAUAGUCAGAAUUGCAUCGAGGAUGUUCCCUGUUUCCAAAUCGACCUCAACGACAUAUGCAGAAAAUCCUACAGUAAAUUGAUGAAUCAAAUUGAUCGGAGGAUGAAAAAAGUUAGUUCACUGCUGUUGUCAGGAACUCCAACUACACCUCCUAAAAUUCCAGGUGUUGAGGCAUUUCAUAUUGUUGAAAUCGUUGAUGCCAAAAAUGAGCAGAUUAAAGCCAUUCAAUGUUUAUUCAGAGAAUCAAGUCUUUACUUUGGCGCAUUCCGUGCACUUGGAUUAGACCCUGAUUGGUUCAUAUUUGAUGACGAACCAGUUCCACAAUGGGUUAAAGGAACCAAAAUACCAUACAGUGUUGCACAUGGUAACAUCGCUGGUGUCACAAUGGGGGAUUUUUGGUGGAUCGAUAUAUUCAAAAAUUUCUUGAAGUUUCCAUCAAUUCCAUUGAACGACGUGGUGUGGGAUCUUGAAGUGGCAAGAGCCAUAAGGCGUGUUAUUUUAGUCCUUCCGGAAGCCAAAAGGUUCCGUACUCAUCAAAAGGAGCAGCUUGACAACCAGUUUGAUCGGGCCCUCACCAAGCGCAUUCGUCAACUAAGAAAACUACAAGACUUCCACAAAUAUCUGAUAUAUAUCCUCAUCCACAAAGAGAGUUUUCAUUUUUUUACUGGUUAUUAA